AAUGUGGAGAAUUCGAAAGCAAUGGCAGCGGAACUUAAAAGAGUAGAGGCAAACCAGAGGGAGAUUAUAACUCAAAUGACGAGAUACAUGAACGAAUGCCAGCACCUUGCCGCAAAGAUCGAAGAAAAUUUGAUGGAAUCACGUAGUCGGGAAGAAGAAAAACAAAUGGAGCACGAUUGCACUAGUCCCGGCUGUUCAAGAACGGGAUACAAAAGGAAACACUAUGGAGUACACAUCCCUACCGCGGACAAGGAGAAAUAUGAAACGAUCUUGAAGCAAAGCUUGCAAGAAUUGCAAGAGAUCGAUGACUUCCUCAGCUACAAUGUCAUCAAAGAAAGACGUUAUGGCGAUAGAGUCAUGAAAGAGACUGAGGAAGGGAUGGCAUGUGUAUACUGUAAAACGAAGGGCAGGCAUUACUCAGAUGCUUGCCCGGAAGUACGACUCGUAUCCAAACGACUGGAAAUAUUGAACUCGGAAAAAAGAUGUAAGGAGUGUCUCGGGUACCACUAUCGUAAGGAAUGCACUAAAAAAUUGCCUUGUUUUUAUUGUAAGGCUGGUAAGUACCAGGACGACUUCGAUCAUCACUGCAGUGUCUGCAGGAAACCUGAAGAAGUCGAAAACAAACUUAAACGAAGAGGAGAAAUGCAAAUUAUAAUUGAGUUCUGUGAAAAGGCACUUGAAAGUAUUGACUUCAGGAACUCUUCAGAGACGCGAGCACAAGCACGACAAGAAACUACAAGGACCAGCCGACCUCAGCGUUACCGAAGGAGUUAUGAAGCACCUUAA